AUGGGUAUUGCCAUCAAUGAUUAUUUGGUGGCGGACGGGGGCGUUUGGAAAUGGAGAGGAGACCCGGGCGGUUCCUUUUCAGUCAAGUAUAUCCGCUCGGUUAUUCAAGAGGUCUCGCUGGAAGUCGAUGGGGAUUCUGACCCGUUUCUUUGGAAUAGAUGGGCGACUCCGAAGGCUAACAUCUUGCUGUGGAGGGCUCUUUUGGGUAAGGUGGCGUCUAAGAUGGGUCUUAGUAAACGUGGAGUUCCAAUCGUCGAUACUGCGUGUGCGAGAUGCGGGCACCAGGAGGAAGACAUUGAUCACAUUUUUUUGAAUUGCCUUUGGGCAAGAUGCAUUUGGUGGAACAUCUUAGCUUGGAUGCGGAUUUCGUUUGUCGAGUGUAAUUGCUUUAAAGAGUUCAUCGACAUUAUUUUGCAAAACCCGGGUGAUAAAGUUUGGAAGAAGAUUGUAUACACCAUCAUUUUGGCUUCGUGCUGGAGAAUAUGGAGCGCUAGGAAUGAAAAGGUUUUUAACAAUAAUUUCAUUCCUAUAAGCAAGUCAGUGGAUGUUAUCAAGGAAGAUGCGUUCCUUUGGAUAAAGACGAGAUCAAAGAUAAAGACGGCGAGCUGGGAGGAUUGGAAGGCGUUUGAUUUAUUAGAUAUGUUGUAA